CAAUUAUCUACCAUCUAACGUCUGCCCUUUGAUCACCAUUCCCUAUUCUAAGCUAUUACGCUAGAAAAUCUCCAUCUUCACAUUCAGAUCACAUCAUGGCUCCCAACCAGCGUGUCGUUGCUGCCAGCUCCGGUCGCCCCCAGAAGGGCUUCUUCGGAGCUGCAUAUGAAGAGCUUACCGCGCCCGAGAAUACCACCAUCGUCAGAAGCCUUCUGGUCUUUGGUGCCGGCGUUGCGUUCCUUCACAGCAGCCUCAGCGAGUUCCUCCUCCCUCCUCUGUGAACAAACUCCGAUGAAAUCCUGGACAUCAGCGGCUCGAGACCUCCGGAAUGGGCCGCAGGGUUAUCGACAACCCACUCGAUCAUGACACGGAUGAGGCCACUUUCUUUCUAUCAUAUUUUCUCCCGGCCUUGAUUUAACGGCUACAUGUACUAUAUUUUGCGCUUUGGUGGGCAUACGUCUUUUGGGUGAAUACUCGGAUCACUCAGCUUCUGCUUUGAAUAUCAAAUGGCGUUCUGAUAGACAUCGUGGUGCGAGGGCUGUGCUGUCUGAUCUUGCUUGGUAACUCAGAAAAUCAUUCACAAGUAGCAAAUUUGCAUCAAAGAAGAGCGAACUCGUUUUCGAAACAUGACCCUCGAGCGGCGCGGUUCGCUUAGUCGACGCCCAUCAGUCGCUCAUCCUCCCGUCUCCGUCUAACUACAUGCGGUCUGCUAUUGCAUAUGACAUUUUGC